AUGGCGGCCGUAUCGCGCAAGAUUGGUCUUAGGAACGAAAAGUUCGCCACGAAGGUGACAUCUACCAGCAGCACCAAGACCUCGGCGCCGCGUCGUACCAUAAGUUUCUACGUGCUCGCCUUCUUGCUCUUCGUACUGGUGUGCUCAGGUACGUGUUUUCGAAAUGAUUACGCACAUCCGCCGGGCAAAGAUCAUCCGCUCAUGAUGCUCCGGCGCAUCCUACCGCCCUGCGGCUCGCUUCCCGCGCGCUGCAAAUUUUCUUCUGAACGAGCCCGUAUGUCCGAGCGUUUGUGGAACACACUUGUACCUGAGCGCAACUGGACUCCGUUAACGCCACAGUUCUGGGUAUUGUUAGCUGCUACCGUUUCGUUGUACUGCUACAAUCGUCGACGCUCCGAGGAAGGGGAAGAUGUGCUAGCUGCGGAGAAGCGCAAGCACGCAGAGGCUGUGUCACGCAUGGAAUCGUCGUCUAUGCGUUGA